AUGCAUACACAGCCGGGCUACCUUGGCUGCGGUUUGUCGUACGGAGACGUACUAAGCGAAGGCCCUUUUAUAUAUAUUGAAUUGGAGAAUCUCAAUAGUGCUACGGAUGAGAUAAACAAGCUGGAGAUCGAGUUGGAGGAGGCCAAUUCCACCUUUCGGAUUCUGUUGAACGAGUCCACACGGCGCCUGAAGCUUUCAUCCAAGAAGCUGGGCAGCUGCAUCGAGAAGGCCCGUCCCUACCAUGAAGCUCUAGAGAAGGCACGCGAGGCACAAAUCGAAUGCCAGCAGGCUGCGGUUAAAUUCCAACGAGCCAAUGAAAUUCAUGCCGCGGCCAAGGAAACGGUGGCGCUGGCCGAGCAACGUUUCAUGUCCAACUCACACGAAUGGCAGUUCGACAACGCCUGGCAGGAGAUGCUGAACCAUGCCACCCAAAAGGUGAUGGAUGCCGAGACCCAAAAGGCCGACUGCCAUGCCGAGCACCAGAGACGGACGCGUCUCUUCCACACUGCCGAGCAGAAGUUGCAGCAGCUGGAGGACCGCUUCAGGAGGAGCAUCAACAAGUCGCGACCCUACUUCGAGGAGAAGCAAGUGUGCCAGGAUCAACUCCAGACCCAAAAGAAUCGAAUUCAAGAGGUGCAACAGCAGGUGGCUGGGGCAAAGAGCACUUAUUCCACGGCUUUGCGUAAUCUGGAGAGGAUUAGCGAGGAUAUACAUAGGCAGCGCGGGGAUUAUCCCACACCGCCAGGACCCCGCGAGCCGGGAGUCGGUGCCGAGCUGAACUCGCCCACGUCCAGUGCGUUGCCUUCGCUGCCGGACUUUCACAUGGAGCUGGAGAAAUGCGACUAUCCCUCUAUAGCCGGCAGUCAAAUGUCAUUGGCGGUAAAACAGCCAACCAACACAGCGGAAACUGAGGACGAGGAGGAUGCCUGCGACUACGAUGAGACGGGGGCUAGAGAAUUUCGAGGCGCGGUCGACGAAGGCGAUCUGGAGGCCCUGCGUCAGAAGGUGAAAAUCCUCGCAGUGCGCCCCAUCGAGGGCGGGGAUGGUCAGCAGCAGAACGAUGUCUGGGAGCACGAAUUGAAGGCCACGGUGGAUAAACUGGAUCAUCUAAUGAUGCUCAAGGAGUCAGCCAAGCGGCAGCAAACCGAAAGGUUGAAAUCAACCGAGCAGAGGCUCGAAUCCCUUGGAGCCGAGGCCCUUGAACGCCACUGCGAUGUUGUGGUGAAGAUCACAAACACAACCAGCUUGCCAGUCACACCCCAGCAUCACCAGCAGGAGCCGCCGACGCCCAUCAAGAAGCUGCAACAGCAGCUGGCCCCCUUGCCCUCGGUAAAUGUGUCCAUGCGGGAGCUGCCGCUGCUGGCGCGUCUCUCAAACGAGCUCCUGGACCGCAGAAAUGCUGCCAUUGUCGGAGUGCGUCGUCAGCUACGCAGGCGCUCCGUGGAAUAGGAAAGGAAAAGGCGGAGGAAGAGGGGAAGCAGCAGGGAACAGGAGAUUUGUUUAUAUUAAAUGAAUAAUUGUAAAAGAUAAAUGCCGCAUUUAAGUACACUCUCAACGAUAAGUCUACACACCUACAUGAUAUAUAUUUUCGUAUAAAUGUUGAGCAAUUUCUGAUCUAAUGUCUCUGUAUUUGUUUCUCACUGUUAAUACUAUGAAUAUGUAAAUGUUUUGUGAUUGAAAUGCGUAAAAAAACAGAGAAGAUGAGGAGCAGGAGCUCUGCAAACAAUAAGCAGCUUUAAGUUAACUUUAACAUGAAUA